UUUCGCCACAAAUAUUUGUAAGCCUCGUAGGUGUUCGUCCAGCCGCGACACGACACGACACGGGGACUGAAGGAGGAAGAAGAAGAGGAGUGGUAGAUGAGCAGCACGGCGAAGGCGGCGGCCGCCGGGGCGGUGGGUGCCAAGUCGGCGCGGGCGUGCGACGGCUGCCUGCGCCGGCGGGCGAGGUGGUACUGCGCGGCGGACGACGCGUUCCUGUGCCAGGGGUGCGACACGUCGGUGCACUCCGCGAACCCGCUCGCGCGGCGCCACGAGCGGCUGCGGCUGCGGCCGUCGUCGCCGCCGCCGCUGGUGCCGCCGUCGGGGUCGGGGCGGCGCGACGAGGCCGUCCCCGCGGCGUGGUUCAAGCGCAAGGCGCGGACCCCGCGGUCGCACGCCGCCAAGAGCGCCGCCGCCUUCGGGCAGCUGCUGUCGAGGCGGCUCGUCGUCGUUCCCGAGGCGGCGGCUGGUAGUGGAGGGGACUCGCCGGAGGAGCGGAAGGACGAGGGGGAGAUCGUGGAGGAGCAGGAGCAGCUGCUGUACCGCGUCCCCAUCUUUGACCCGGCCCUCUCGGAGUUCUGCUCGCCGCCUCCCCUCGAGGACGCGGCGGCCGCCGUGUCCUGCUGCAAUGAGGACGGCGCCGUCGAGAACCCGACGAAGCCGUCCAUGACGACGACGACGGCUACAACGCCACCGCUCCAGUUCUUCCCCGACGGCCAAGCCAAUUUCGGGCCGACCGACGCCGAGCUGAGGGAGUUCGCCGCCGACAUGGAGGCCCUCCUCGGGCGUGGCCUGGACGACGGCAACGACGAGGACUCCUUCUGCAUGGAGACGCUGGGGCUCAUCGAGCCGGUGGACGACGACGCCGGGCGGGUCAAGGUGGAGGCCGACGGCGACGCCGGGAUGACCCUAGCGUGGUGCCACGAGCUGGACACGGAGACAUCGUCCGGCGAGAUGCUGGACAUCGACUUCGACUGCGGCUCACCUCAGGCGGCGACGACACCCGACGAGAAGGUCGGGAGCAGCGGGCCCGCCGCCGCCGACGACGACGCGCAGCUCCAGCAGAGCAACCUCGCCCUCAGCCUCAACUACGAGGCCAUCAUCGAGAGCUGGGGGACCUCGCCGUGGACCGACGGCGAGCGGCCGCACGUCAAGCUCGACGACUCCUGGCCCCGCGAUUACUCGGGGGUGUGGAUGGCGGCGGCAGGGGUGUUCGGGCACGGCGGCGAGGAGCAGGCGCUGACGCCGAGGCUGGGGAUGGACGGCGGCAGGGAGGCGCGGGUGUCGAGGUACAGGGAGAAGCGGCGGACGCGGCUCUUCUCCAAGAAGAUCCGGUACGAGGUGCGCAAGCUCAACGCCGAGAAGCGGCCGCGGAUGAAGGGCCGCUUCGUCAAGCGCGCCGCCGCCGCCGCCACCGCCGCCGUCGCCACGGCGUGCGUCGCGUAGCGCUGCAUGGCGGAAGUUUGAUCUGCCGGCCGCGCGCUCGCCAUGAAAUCACACAAGAACAAAACAACUCGUCGAAACUGCAUUAGUUUUAGCUGGUUUCUUUUACGGUCACACAUGCGUCUUCUUUUUCCAUCAGUUCACCAUUGAUGGUUGCUAAGGAUCCAAGGACUUUUAAUAAUAAUUAUUACUAUAAUAAUAAUGAUAAUACUAAAAAGUGAAUUGUACUAUUUGUUGAGAGGUAUACAGUACCCCUGCGCUCAAUUGCUGAAAGUUUUGAAAGUUUUUUUCCUCCCUUCAGAUUCAGGGGGUUGGUUGACAGUAGUAGCCUGUAGCUGUGCUGUAUGCAUAUAUGUCCAUUGGUUGUCCUGCACGGGUACAGUUCGAGGCCAGGAGAUAUACAUGUAAAUCAAUCAAUCAAUAUAUACAACUAAUUGAUUCAGUGA